AACGACGAGGGCAUGCCGAUGUACCAGAGACCGUUCAUGAGAGGCAAGCUUUACAUCCAUUUCACCGUGGAGUUCCCAGACUCACUGAGCCCGGAACAGUGCAAAUCUCUGGAGUCGAUCCUCCCCGCGAGGGCUCGGACUCAGCUGACGGACAUGGAGAUUGAUGAGUGCGAGGAGACAACGCUGCACGAUGUGAACAUUGAGGAGGAGAUGAGGAGGAAGCAGCAGAGCCAGGCUCAGGAGGCCUAUGAUGAGGAUGAGGAGAUGCAUGGUGGCGCUCAGCGAGUGCAGUGUGCUCAGCAAUAAGAGAGGACAUGGAAGUGAGCUAGCUGCCUCUGUUCUUAUCUAUGUUUUGAAUACUUAGUUUUGUUGUUAAGAACCGUGUAGCCAUUUGUGGAGCUUUGGCUGAACUCUAUAAAAUGAAGUUUAUGUUUCCUACGUACUCUGUUAUUAUUGUUUAGUUCAUCAUUUUAGUUGUGUU